AUGCAAGAUAAUUUGACAACACUUAAGGUAAUUGUAGUAGGAGACCAAAAUGUUGGCAAAACUCAUAUCAUCACAUAGUUUUGUAUUGGAUAAAUACCAUCAAAUAUUAAGUCAACUCUUGGAGUUGAUUUUUAAACCAAAGUAAUCAGGGAUAACUUAUCUGGUGAAUCAGCUAAAUUACUUAUAUAUGAUACAGCAGGUGAAGAAAAAUUUCAUGCAAUAGCAGCAUUACAUUACAAAAAGGCUAAAGGAUGCGUGAUUGUCUAUGAUGUGACUAAUCGUAAAAGUUUUGAGAAUGUUGAGAGAUGGCUCAAUGAUGCUAGGAACCUAGCAGAUUAAGAUUGUAUAAUCAUGUUGUUAGGAAACAAGUGUGAUACAGAUGACAAAACAUUGCUUAAUUAAUCUGGAUAAGGCAGGUAACUGAUGAAUGAGAGGGAAGUCUCUUUCGAGGAAGGUGCUAGCUUUGCAAAUAUUAAUAACUUAUCUUUCUUUGAAGUAUCUGCUAUUCAAAAAAUAAACAUCAAGGAAUCGUUUGGAAUGCUUGGAUCUUAAAUAAUACAACUGAACUAAAGUUUACUAUUAGCUAAAGGCAUUAAAGGUGGGAAUAAAUAAGAAUCUGCUAAGAAGCCAAUUAGACUUCAAAGAUCAAGAUUUGAAUGCUGUAUAUAGGAUGGAAGAGAAAAAAUUGAUGAAGACUAUGAACCUAAGUCCAGAUGCUGCUGA